AGUCCUUGGCAACGACGCCGUUGCACCUGUCUCUAGAAACAUCUGGACGUUACUCGAAAUGAAAGCGCGCCAAUGGACUCUCACAACCGGCCACGAUAUAGGAGAAGAGGGCAUCCCCUCCUCGAAAGUUUCGGCGUAGACGCACGCGGGAGAUGUCGGUGACGCUUCACACCAAUCUCGGAGACAUCAAGUGCGAGAUCGCUUGUGAUGAAGUCCCUAGAGCAGCAGAGAAUUUCUUGGCACUGUGUGCCAGCGGCUAUUAUGACGGGACCAUAUUCCACCGAAAUAUUAAGGGCUUUAUGAUACAAGGUGGAGACCCAACAGGCACAGGCAAAGGUGGAACCAGUAUAUGGGGCAAAAAGUUCAAUGAUGAGAUAAGAGAGUCUCUCAAGCACAAUGCAAGGGGUAUAAUGUCAAUGGCCAAUAGUGGUCCCAAUACUAAUGGAAGCCAGUUCUUCAUUACUUAUGCAAAGCAACCUCAUCUCAAUGGACUGUACACUGUGUUUGGAAAAGUGAUCCAUGGGUUUGAAGUCCUUGAUCUUAUGGAGAAGACUCAAACAGCACCAGGGGAUCGGCCUCUUGCUGAAAUCAGACUCAAUCGUGUGACUAUACAUGCCAAUCCGCUUGCAGGCUAGGCUUAUUAUUACGGGGUUUUGGUGGUUGUAAGCUUGUUUCUGUGGAAGUCAGAAGGUCUCUGAUGCUGAAGAAAUCAAUGUGUUGCCCAUCACCAGCUAAGAGGCUUGAAAUAUAGGUGCAAUCGGAAGAGGAAAAAAAAAAGUGUUACUUUUGCCAACUGCAGAAUUAUGUUAGUAGUCUACUGGAUCGUCAAUAGAUUCAUUCUGGAUAUGUUUUUUGUACUGGGUGUUAAGCUCUCACCUCUGACAACUACGGUUAAAGACUCGUUUUUGUAGCAACUUUUAAUAUGCCAGGCAUUGCUUACUAGAAAAUUAUACAAUGCCCAAGGGGCAUUGACACGUGGUGCCCUAA